ACACGUCUCUCGUUUUUCGCGUGCAUGCUCAGCUAACAUAACGAAAGAUGGGCGCGGCCACAUGAAAAUAUACAACUCUCGUAGCGUCGCUCUUUCCUGUACUGUAUGCUCUCACGGGAUCAUCGUCAACAUCGUGCUACGAUUUCACCAGUCAGAAGCUCAUGAUGACGACUUCUCUGCUAGCGUUGCUCGUGUCAGCAUGCGCCAUCCUACGUCCAGGAGCAUCACUCCAAGAGAGUUGUCAGCCUGGGCCCAAUGUCUGUCCUCCCAACUCUGCGUGUAAGGUCUUCAACAACAAACAGGAGUGUCUGUGUAAUCCUGGGUUCCAGCCCAGCAGUAGUGGAUCACAGUGUUUGAAGAUUGUGGAACUGGGUGGGGACUGCGCAGACGCAACCGGAACAACAUGUCGUCACGGCCCCUGGGGAAAAGCCGAGUGCAUCUCCGGUGCAUGCAACUGUUCAGUGGCUUUAGGCUACGAACGCGCCAGCAACAACCGCUGCAAGGAUGCCCCCAUCACCGUGGGCUUUGCGCUGCACGGGGAGGAGUGUAGUGCCUCCAGGCUGUGCCAGUUCGCCCUAACGCAGCAUUGUGUCGCGGGAAAAUGCACGUGCAAGCUGGGCCUCAAGAAGGCUGGCGAAGACAUCCAGUCGGCCAAGCCCUUUGUGGACGAAUGUGUGAUGUCAGAUAUUGUGAUUGGAACACCGUAGAUGUACAAAGAUCCUCUCCACGGUAUGACCUUAAAGUAAUCUAUCGUGUCAAUUGUGAUCUUGACAAAUGAAUAAAUGAACUAGACAUGUUAA